AUGUCUUCCAGCUCAGUUCCUUACCCAUUCCAAUUUGACUCUCUGAAGGAGAACACUCCCGGGUCCCGCGAUGGACAAACCACGGAUUGCACUCUUACUUUGAAGAAUGUCCGCGGUGCAAUUCCCUCCAUCCAAGCCUCUCGCCUCCGCAGUCUCAUGCUAGAAGCGCACAACGACCCGACCAAGAUCCUAGCUCACGCCUGCACCUACGACGGCUUGUCUUCCCGUCUCGUUGAAGAAGCAGGCUUCCCCAUGGUCUUCCUUGCUGGAUACGCCGUCGCUUCGUCUUAUGGCCUGCCCGACACUGGAUACAUUGCGAUGGCGGAGAUGUGUGAUAAGAUUCGCGAUGUACGCCGCCAAGUUUCCCUGCCCAUUAUGGCCGAUGGAGAUACCGGGUAUGGAAGUCCGAUGAAUGUCAAGCGCACAGUUGAGAGCUUUGCCGCGGCUGGAGCGGCCGGAGUCAUGAUCGAAGAUCAACAGUGGCCGAAGCGCUGCGGACACACUAAAGGGAAGAGCGUUGUCUCGCGCGGGGAGGCGUUCGCGCGCAUCCAGGCUGCCUGUGAUGCCCGCAACGAGGGACAGGAUAUCUUCAUCUUGGCGCGCACUGAUGCCUUGAUGCAUGGCUGGGAGGAAGCCAUGGCCCGGGCGCACGAGUUCAAGCGUAUUGGGGUCGAUGCGAUCUUUGUGGAGGCGCUUCCGGAUCGUGAUGCGAUGACGCGCUGUGCGGAAGAGCUGGAUAUUCCGGUGUUCGCUAAUAUCAUCGAGGGUGGUAAGACGGAGAACCUGUCGGCUCAGGACCUGGCUGGGUUGGGCUUCUGUGCCGUGGCGUAUCCGUGGUCGCUGGUCGCUGCUCACCUCAAGGCGGUGCGGUCUGCGUUGGAUGGACUGAAGCAGAGCAUGACGACGGGCCCACCUCCGAUGAUCCUGACGUAUGAUGAGGUGUGUGAGGGGGUUGGGUUUAACAAGUACUGGCCUACGACCGCCCCAACUUCGACCCGAAACACAUCCAUCGCCAUGGCAGACCCUAUCUGGACUCGAGCCGGCCACGCUAUCGCCAAGGUCCUAGGGAUUGAGAUUGCUACUGCCGACGAGACGGUGUAUGCGUAUUUUGAACACGAGCCGACGGCUGCCGAUUGGAUCCGUGGUUACACGCCUAGUGUGGCACAGGUCCGGCGGUACGUGUGGAACCUGUUUCCGUUUCUGCACUGGAUUGGCUUCUACAAUGGCCAGUGGUUGGUGGGGGAUCUGGGAAUGGCCUAUGCCGAGUUGGCCAAGCUGCCUCCGGAGUAUGGCCUCUAUUCUUCUUUCAUGGGUGUUUUGAUCUAUUGGUUUUUCGCCACGUCAAAAGAUAUCACCAUUGGGGUAGGCUCUCUUCUUGGUCCGGGAGGCAUGGCUAACCCUGCUUAG